GUAUCCAAUAGCGGGGAUAACCGAACAUGACCGAAUACUAGCGAACAUUGCCGAUGCAAAAUAGCCGACAAUUGACUGAGCGUCGAGGGGUCGGACAGAAAAGAGACAAGCCAUUCCUUCGGGUGUACAGCUUCCCCUUUCUCAACUUCAUCAUGGAAUUAAUGUAUCAUUGAUUUUUAUAAACUAUGAACAAUUAUUUCAAAAGGGCUGUGAAUUUUUAGAACGUGAAGGAUUACCUUCACGAUACAUCGCAAAAAGGUAUAGAAGCAACUAGUACCACAUUUGUCUGAUUUGACAAAUAUCAAUGGACGGUCCAGGUACGAUCACGUGGGACGAAUUUCUCGAGAAUGCUGAAAGGUUCGUAGAAAUGUCGAGUGAAAUUUCUGACCGAUGGGAACUUCGGGGUAAUAAGAAUGUGCCAGGAGAGGCAUACAUCGUCCACCAAGAGAGACAAUACAUAUGCAGUAAUAGUAACUUAAAUGAUUAUUCGACAUCACAAGAUAACGGCUCCGCCGAUGAUUUCGACUUUGUAUUGAAACAAGAUCCUUUCGAGGCCACUUGUCCUAUCGAGAAACCAUUAGUUACAGAACAUCAUGUGUUAUGGUCCAUGAGCUACAGCGUCCCGAUACUUUAUUUUAAUGGAUGGAAAUCAGAUUUCCCAGGUAUUAAUCCAAUAUCCGUGGAAGAAGCACAAUCCCUCGUUCGUAACGGAGAAUUGAAAUAUAAGGAUUUAUCUCAAGCUAUACAUCCUAUAUUAGGUACACCUUUUCUACACUUGCAUCCUUGUAUGUCUCAUGAGCUUCUACAAAUUACAAGUAACAGUAAAAACAAAAUAGUCAGUUGGUUGAGUACCGUCGCUCCUGCUGCCCUUAAUUUUAAGCUACGUCCUGAAUAUUGUCAGUUAACUAUGUAAUAUAUAUAUAUAUACUUUAAAAUAUUCGAAUUAAACUGUAAUAUGUCCUAUUGCUUUAAGAAAGUACACGUAUACAAACGUGUAUCAAAUAAAAACAAAUUAAAAUA